GUGGUGUUCAACUACCACCGCGUGCGAACUCUGGUCAGUCUUAUUGAAGUCUCUUACUCUUAUAUGACUCAACAUCGGCCAUAGUGUUGGCACAACCUAGAACGUCCUUUUAACGAUAACUCGUAGUUGUUUCGUCGUCACAGACUCGAGAAACAACCAUGGACCCCGAAACGGCACCCGACCCGGUGCUUCAUCCGAACGGGCAAAACGGUCAUCUCGACCCUCCUGCUGACACGCAACCUCCCUCUUCCAGCAAAGGCUCGAAUCUAUACGAGGCUUUUAUGGCGUUCAGCGCUGAGGAGGAAGAUGGAGCUGUUGAUUCUGCGGAGGUUAGCCCUUCUGACGCGUUGGAGGAGAUCGAGGAUCAGGUGCAGGAGGUCGCUGAGUCUGUAGAGGGAGCGGUGCAAAAUGUGGUGGAUGAUUUGGAUGACCUGUUUGGGGAAGAUGAGCUUGGGGAUGAUGGGAAAGAGGUUGUGGACCAGGGCGAGACUGAGCCGGAGGUCGAUGAAGACGUGCAGAAAGUCAACUUCCCUCCUGAGGACGGAGAACAGCCAGUUGCAGCCGAUGUCGUUGAUGCGGAUGAGACGGACGAACUGGAAGAAUCUGCUGUUGACGUACAGGUUGAAGAGGGUGAAGAGGGUGCGGUUACUGUAUCCACCGACGUCGAGCAUGCGAUCGAUGAUGCUGUUGGAGGCGAUGAUGAUGAAGUCGAGCCGAUCGAGCCUCCUGCGACGGAACCCGACGUCGAGCAAGCAAUCGAUCAUGAUAUUGGAGGCGAUGAUGACGAAGUCGAGCCGAUCGAGUCACCUGCGACGGAACCCGAGGUGGCUGAGGCAGAAGCCAAAGAGGUAGAUGCUGCAAUGGAGGACGACCAACUCGACAUCGUAGAAGACGACACUGUUGAGGGUGUUGCUGUCGAGGCUGUCGAGGUCUCAGAGCCGGUUGAGGAAGAGGUGGACGCGGAGGAAGUUGUAGAAACUGUCGAAGGGAUGGAGCUGGAACUUGCCGAGUCUGCUGCAGAGCAGUCUGAGCCUAUCGCUGCCGAAGACGGAGCUGUUCCCGAGCAUGCAGAAACAGCAUUGGCGCAUGAUACCACUGGUCCAGAGCCUGAAGUUCAAGUGACGGAAGAAGUCGAAGCUGUUCAGGAGCACCCUGCUGCGGACGAGGAAGACGUAUCGAUGAACGUAGACGCUGGACCCGCAGGGGGGGAAACCGAACUUGUUGGGGACGAUUCGGAGAUUGCCGAAAAAGUUGAAGGUGCUGAUGGCGAGGAAGUAGACCAACUCAUGGAGGAAGCGGAGCAAGUCGAAGAAGCGGAAAUACAGUACGACAUGCCUGAUGAAGACGGGGAGAUGCGCUUCCCUCGUAGUGACGGGCAGUCUGAUCGACUGCCAGGAUCGAAGAAGGGUCCUCCUAUGCUCGAUCGCAUGGAGGUGGUGCCUCGCAAUUCGGAGACUCAGAAAACAUACCUCAAAAAGAUUGGCCAGGGUGUUGCGGAGAAAUUGAUGGGUCUCACGGAUCAGAAGUAUAGGUUCAACGAUUUACCUAAGAAUUACCGCCUCUAUCAGCAACAUCGAUCGGGUGGUACCGCGAAUGCCCGGCCGGACAUGUACUUAUAUGGUUCGAAGACAGUGCUCAAGUUCCGCUCCACGACACAGUUCAUUCCCCACGCCAUUUGGCUUCUCACCGAUCCGACGCUGAACAACAAGAACUGCUAUUGUUCCCAUUGCUCCUCGCGGCCACAUUCAGAAGCCUAUGUCGAGAUCCAAACCCCAGAACGGUCUCUCAAACGUAAAUCGUCAACGUUGAAACCCGAGUCCGCCGUGAAGAAGAUCAAAUUGCCGGACACACCGAUACCGCGUGACAGCAACUCGGUGCGCCCCAAGGCGGUCAGGGCAGACCGUGAGACAGAGCUUGCUUCUGCCGACCGACUCGAAGCUCCUCGUAGUGGCGAAAUCAUCUGGGUGCAUGUCGAACCCCCAAUAACCGGAAAGAAGCCUGGAGAAGUCAUCGAAUUCUGGCCGUGUCUUGUCAUCAAGUACGAGCCGAAGAGAAAGUUCUUGCCAACUGAGAAUAAUGGGACGGGGGUUGCAGCACCCGCUUGGGAAGUCCAAGCACUUGGUACUGUGAAGAAUGCCUAUGCGCGAGCUGAAUCCAUCUUGCCCUACCAGUCCUAUGAUUUCCCACAGACAACAAAGGAUGUUCUUCUGGACUUCCGGUCCACUUCGACUGAUUUCGACGAUUUCAUGUGGUUCAAUCCGUUUGAAGAUCCUCCGAAGGAGAAGCCGUGCACUUUGAACAAACGUCGCAGCCUGCCUGAUCUCAGGACACACUCGAACAAAGCGCGCACAUUCAAGAACGCUGCGCCAGCGCUGGUCUUGGCAUUACAGAUGUGUGCACGCCUCGGCAACGGUUGGACGACGACGGAUGCCUACGCUCAUCCUGUGCCAGCUCAGAACGUCGAGAAUCCUCCUCCGAUCAGCACGCAGAACCCAUCGAGGCGGUUCGAAGGAGUAUUCUGGGGUGCGGAGCGCAUCUGGGAGGGCGAUUUUGUUCGCCUGAACAUCCAAUUCAAGUCUGAUCUGCCCGAAAAGGAUUACCGGAAGCAUCUGUUGAACAACAUGUCCGAGGGUGCCGAUGGACGCGGUCUCUUCAUGCAUGUCAACGCAUUCCAUUUCCUUCAUUAUGAGGCCGAUACCCAGAAUUCCAGUGAGAAGAAAGAGUGCUGGAUGGCUGGCCCUGUCUUCGAGACGAUAUUCGAUGGCGAGGCGGAUCCUGCCAUCUUGAGCGGAGAAAACAACGCGCCUCUACCCGAACCGAGUCCGGCCUUCGAUCUUGUGCGGGACACGCCUGUCCUAUCAGCGUCGGCGUUGGGGAUCCUCGCUGAACGUAAAGAUACCAGCGAUGUUCCUGCUGGUGUCCCCACUCAGUAUCCCUGGCCUCCCGCACCCUCUGGGUUCAAGUUCCGACCCUUGCUCGCCAAGGACGAAGAGCUAUACAUCAACAUCUCUUGCCUCGCUGGCCGGUACUACCCUACGAUCUUCUUCAAGCAGCUAUUGGUCGGCAGGCACGACCUGACAAAAACGAGCAAUGGGAUCAGCACACCGCAACUGCUGUCGAUGGCAGGCUUCAUGCCCGGUUACGUGUACGCUGCGCUAUGCGAAAAAUACAAUCACGACCGCUCGGCGAUGGUCGUCUCUGCUGAGGAAGAGUCGAAGGAGGUGUUGUCUGCGAUCUGGAGUGGUGAUAAUGCGUAAAAUGAGGAUUCGGGAUUUCUGCCAUCUUAGUCUGUGCUUCGGAGCAGUGAUGGGUACAUACUUCUUUCGUAUUUCGUUUUUUCUGGUGUUGUCGAAAGGGCCAAGCGCC